AUGGAUCAACAAGUAAAGCCAUUGCGCUCUGUACUUGUGACAGGCGGUGCUGGAUUUAUUGGAUCUAAUUUUCUUAGAUAUGUUUGUCGGUCUCCCAGAUUUGCAUACUUUCAUUUUACUUGUCUGGACAAGCUCAGCUAUGUGAGUGAAGAAUCUACAAAGUUUAUUGAAGAUCUUAUGAAGCUUCCCAAUUUUGAUUUUAUUCGAGCUGAUUUAUCAUCUGAAUAUAGAGUGCUUGAAAGAUUGAUUGUUGAGGAAGAGAAGUUUACAGACUUUAUCAAUUUUGCUGCCGAGUCUUCCGUUGAUAGGUCAUAUGAAGAACCCCUUUUUUUCACUAGAAAUAAUAUUUUCGCAACACAGAAUUUAUUAGAAUGCGUCCGCCUACUAAUGGCAAAAAAUGACUUUAAUCGACACAUAACCUUUAUUCAUAUAUCAACGGAUGAAGUUUAUGGGGAUCAACAAUCUGGGGAGGCAGUAGAUGAGCAAUCUCGCUUAGAGCCAACAAACCCAUACUCUGCUACUAAAGCAGCUAUAGAUCUUAUUAUUAAUGCUUAUGUGAAAUCUUUUCAUCUGCCUAUUCUUGUUGUUCGGUCAAAUAAUGUUUAUGGGUACAAUCAAUAUCCAGAAAAGUUGAUUCCGAUGACAAUAAAUGCCUUAAAAGAGGAUAAACCAAUAACAAUUCAUGGCGAUGGUCAUCAAAGAAGGAGAUACGUUUUUAUUGACGAUUUUAUCAGAGCUGUUUUAUGCAUUUGGGAAGUAGGUGAUCAGCAUGAAAUAUACAAUGUAGGUUCUGAUCAAGAAAUCUGUAAUCUCAAGUUAGUCAGGAUGAUAAGGAGUCUUUAUGAACUCAUCACAGGCUCCAAGAGUAAUUCUGAGAUAAAAUUUGUUGGCGAUAGAUUAUACAACGAUGAACGUUAUGAUGUUACAUAUGAAAAACUAUGCACACUUGGGUGGAAACCCACAAUUAAUUUAGAGGAGGGUCUCGUGAAAAUAAUAAGGUAUACUUUGAAACACUAG